ACUGUUUCUGUGUCACAUUUUCGCUUAGUUGGGGAUUAACCAUUAGCUUGAGAAAUAAUUUUUUUGUUUUUUUGUUUUUUCCACUUGUCCACACUAAUUAAUCCCUUUUUAUGGCGAAAUGAAAUCUGGGCAUCAGAGCAUGUGAGCGAAUGCUUGACUGCGUGGUGUCUCUUCCUCACAUUUAUUGUUCAUUAUUUUUAUUUAUUUUGUUUUUUUAUUUUUAUUUUUAUUUUUAUUUUUAGCCUUUCUUCAACCCUUUCAGGGUUUGGGUUCAUCGUCUUCCGCUGAUAUAUAAAAGAUAUUCGUUUCUCCACCGGGCUUCUCUGAGAAAAAUCAAUCUUCUCCAGCCACCCUAUCUUUCUCUUUAUUUUUGCCUGUCUCUCUUAUGUUCUGAAGAGGCAUAGGAGAGACAUGGAGGCUGUGCUGCAGACCAAAGGGCUUCUCUCUCUGCCUGCAAACCCCAAACCCAGGGCUUUAAACCCGCAGCAGAGUCUCAGGCACAGAUUUCUCGCUCUUAAACCCAAAACCCUUGGUGGGUUUCCUCUAUCUGGUAAUGGGUUCCAAAAAUUUCAUGGGUUUGUCCAAAAAAGGCGCGGGGUUUGCAAGAAGGAGAGAGUUUUGCAUAUCUGCAGAGCCGAGGCUGCAGCCGCAGCUGAUGGGCAAACCUUGUUUGGGGAAAUAGAGCAACCCAAGUUCUUGGGUAUUGAUAUUUUGACGCUCAAGAAGAUUAUCCCACUUGGAUUGAUGUUCUUUUGUAUACUUUUCAAUUACACAAUCCUCAGAGACACAAAGGAUGUGUUGGUCGUGACAGCCCAGGGAAGUAGCGCAGAGAUUAUACCAUUCCUAAAAACUUGGGUGAACUUGCCCAUGGCUGUUGGGUUUAUGCUGUUGUACACCAAAUUGGCUAAUGUAUUGUCUAAGCAGGCCCUUUUCUACACUGUUAUCCUUCCCUUCAUCGCCUUUUUCGGGGCAUUUGGGUUUGUUUUGUAUCCUCUCAGCCACUUCGUCCACCCUACAGCCCUCGCGGAUAAGCUUCUCGCCGCGCUUGGCCCAAGGUUUCUUGGCCCGCUUGCAAUUAUGAGGAUCUGGAGUUUCUGUUUGUUCUAUGUCAUGGCCGAGCUUUGGGGAAGUGUGGUUAUCUCGGUUUUGUUUUGGGGUUUUGCAAAUCAGAUAACUACCAUUGAGGAAGCCAAAAGGUUCUACCCUCUGUUUGGCCUUGGAGCCAAUGUUGCACUUAUUUUCUCUGGCAGAACAGUGAAGUACUUCUCUAAUUUGAGAAAAAACCUGGGUCCUGGAGUUGAUGGGUGGGCCAUCUCCCUUAAAGGAAUGAUGAGCAUUGUGGUGUUGAUGGGCCUUGUGAUCUGUUUCCUUUAUUGGUGGGUGAAUAAUUUUGUUCCACUUCCAACCCGUAGUAAAAAGAAGAAGGAAAAGGCCAAAAUGGGGACAAUGGAGAGCUUGAAAUUCUUGGUGUCUUCAAAAUACAUUAGAGAUCUUGCCACAUUGGUGGUUGCAUAUGGUAUUAGCAUCAAUCUUGUGGAGGUUACUUGGAAAUCGAAGCUCAAGGCUCAGUUUCCAAGCCCAAAUGAAUAUUCCUCCUUCAUGGGUGAUUUUUCAUCAUGCACCGGAAUUGCAACUUUCACAAUGAUGUUGCUAAGUCAAUUUAUAUUUAGCAAAUAUGGGUGGGGCGUCGCAGCUACAAUCACACCCACCGUCCUCCUCCUCACUGGAGUUGGCUUCUUUUCUCUGAUUUUGUUUGGGGACCCCCUUGCUCCUGUUAUUGGGAAAUUUGGGAUGACUCCACUUCUUGCAGCCGUAUAUGUUGGUGCCCUGCAAAACAUUUUCAGCAAGAGUGCCAAGUAUAGCUUAUUCGAUCCUUGCAAAGAAAUGGCCUAUAUUCCUUUGGAUGAGGACACUAAGGUUAAAGGGAAGGCAGCUAUUGACGUUGUCUGCAAUCCGUUGGGAAAGUCUGGAGGUGCUCUGAUUCAGCAGUUCAUGAUCCUAACAUUUGGAUCACUUGCGAACUCGACUCCUUACCUUGGAGGAAUACUUAUGGUGAUCGUUGUUGCAUGGUUGGCGGCAGCCAGGUCUUUGGAUACCCAGUUCACGGCACUGCGUCAAGAGGAGGAGCUUGAGAAGGAGAUGGAAAAAGCAAGCGUCAAGAUCCCGGUUGUGGCCGAGAAUGAAACCGGGAAUGGUUCUCUUGCAAGUGAGUCGACAAGCAGUUCCUCUGAAACAUCUGCUACUACCCGCAAUAGUUAAGUAGUGUUUUCUUCCCUGAGCUGGUAGUGAAGGGAGAAUAAGCAAGAGAUGAUGAGAACAACUGUUAGGGUAUUUGUUUGUUGUAGAAUUUUAUUUACUUUCAUAUUUGUAGAAAUAAUCAGAGCUGAAGCAGGCAUGCUACUGGGUUUUUUUUAAGCUCGCUUUUUUCCAUAGGUAAGGAGCUCAGUAUCUGCUUAAUUUUGAUUCCUGUUUCUUGUAGAAUAUUGCAUUCCAUUUACAUUGAUGAAAAGCUUUUCCCCUCUCA